UUCUCUCCCUCCCACGAUAAACUAGUCCGCUCUCCCGAACUCGACGUCCUCCGUUUCUCUGUAAAUUGCCUACGAACACGCGACAAGCAAACUCCACGACUACACCUUUUCGCUACCCCUCUCACCCCUCAAACUCCGCCGUAAGUCGCAGCCGGAUCUCCCCUCUCAUCGCCCAGACCGCCUCAACGGCGACAUCUACGAUCGACGACUAACACCAUAAUUCAAGAAAAUGAAGUUGCACUACAUCGGAAUCCUCCGCAAUGACAGCAAGCCCGCCGUCGAGCUUUGCAGCGAGAUGGAGCUGUCCGCAUACUCGCGAUUCACCAGAAACAGCUACGCCGAGUUCAUGAGCCUAUUCUCUAAGAAGGUGGCCGAGUCGACGCGCCCUGGUCAAAGGCAAGAUAUCGAGGAGGGCGACAACACAUUCCACUGCGUGGGAAGAAGCGAGGGUAUCUGUGGCGUUAUCAUUUCCGAUCACCAAUACCCGAGUCUCGUCGCUCACCAGCUCCUCUCCAAGAUCGUUGACGAGUUCCUCACCAAGCACCCGCGCUCCACAUGGGCGACGGGCGAACCCAAGCUCGUCCUCCCCGAGCUCAAGGAGUAUCUGACACGGUACCAAGACCCGCAACAGGCCGACUCCAUCCUCAAGAUCCAAAAGGAGCUCGACGAGACCAAGAUUGUGUUGCACAAGACCAUCCAGAGCGUCCUGGAGCGCGGAGAAAAGAUUGACGACCUGGUGGCCAAGAGCGACGGCCUCAGCUCCCAGAGCAAGAUGUUUUACCAGCAGGCAAAGAAGCAAAACUCGUGCUGCAUCGUCAUGUAAAAAAAGAAGUCACCCUUUUUUUUUUUGGUAUUGCCUCGAGCUUUCCUCACCUGAGUUAAUCGUCUUUACACGUUCUGGCGUUGG